GAAAGAGAAGCGCCGUGACCGCGCUUUCCGUGUCUGGUUCGUAGAAUGACAGCCAGCUGUGCGCUUUCAACGAUAACAGUCUCUUGGAUUUGAUUGAUAAAUCUUUUUGCCAAACUCGAAUUGUUCUGAAGAACAUUUUUAAUCAACAAAUCUUGCGACUUUACAUUUUUCACAGUUCUUGUUUAUUAGCUAUCAUCCUAGAGAGAGCAAUCCGGCUCAAACAUGAAUCCGUUGUGUGGCAGAUGUAAUCGAGUCGUGUACCCCACGGAAAAAGUGAAUUGUCUGGACAAGUACUGGCACAAAGGAUGCUUCAGCUGCGAGAUCUGCAAAAUGACUCUAAACAUGAAGAAUUACAAAGGCUUCGAAAAGAAGCCCUACUGCAACGCGUGCUGUACAAGGAGGAGUUUGAGAAGAACAAAGGAAAGGGCUUCAGCGUGGUGGCAGACACACCAGAGAUGCAGAGAAUCAAGAAGACGCAGGACAAUAUAAGCAACAUUAAGUACCACGAGGACUUUGAGAAGAGCAAAAGUGGAGGAGAUGCCCCGCCCAGUCAGCCACAGACCCCUAACCCAGCAGCGUACCAGCCGUCCCCCGCUGCCUCCCAGAACUUCCACUAUGAGCCUGCUGCUCCUCAGCCCGCACGCCCGGCCGCCGCCGCCCCGCCUCCCAGCUCCGGGAAGCGGUACCGGGCGGUGUAUGACUACUCUGCUGCAGACGAGGACGAGGUGUCCUUCCAGGACGGAGACGUGAUUGUAGACGUGCAGGUGAUCGACGAGGGCUGGAUGUACGGGCGCGUGGAGCGCACCGGGCACCAGGGCAUGCUGCCCGCCAACUAUGUGGAGGCCAUCUGAGCGAGCGAGCGAGGGAGAGAGUGAGGAGGAGGAGGAGGAGGAAAGGAGGGAGAAAAGAAAAAAAAAUGAAAAGCCCAGUGCCAUCUCAUCUUAUUGCCGCUUUCUCUUUUUUUUAUAUUUCACUGUUCUCCGACCUGUCCUGUGAGGCCCCCCCCCCCCCCCCCUUUGAGGCCCCGCCCGCCCCUGUGAGGCCCCGCCCCCCCCGGUGUCCACUUGAUCUGCUCUCUCUGCUCUGCUCCCCAGCCACAGACUCUGCCUUCUCUGUCUGUCUGUCUGUCUGUCUCUCUGUGCUGCUUUCGUCUCUCUGUCUGUCGCUCUCUUGCUUAUGUCCUGGGUUAUGUCUCCUAUGAUGACAGUUUAAAGUCUUAAAAUGAAACACACAUUCACACACACACCCACACAUAAUGGUCAAAUCUCUCCCCCCCCGCCCCCAUCUCUGUCAAUCAGCGAGUGGAGACGUGCACCUGAUACACUGCCGAGAAAAGGAUUUUGGAAUGUGGGCGUGUCAUUGGUAGACGUGUGUGUUUGUUCUUAUUUUUCAUUGUGAUGCAGGAACUUGGCCAGACUGGAAGUGCAGUGUAGAAUCUCACUGUGUUAGUUCAGUCCGGAAGAGGCUUGAAUAUUUGACUUGUGUACAUUCCAGAAACCUCAGUACCCAUUGUUGUUGCAUCAGUCAGCAAGCUGUCAGUCUUAACAGAGAGGUUUUAUAUAUUUAUAUAUCUACACACGCGCGCACACACACACACACAUCUCUCAGUAUCAUUGCUCUUAUCUGUGCUCUGACAUGUCCAUUACUGCAUUGUGGGUGUUGUUAUUUAACUGGAAUUCUGGCCUAGCUGAAGAGCACCUCCUAGCCUCUCUCAGACAGGCUGUGUACAGGAGGGGGUCAGGGAAAACACGUAUGGUUAGCCAGUUCCCCCCAUCUAACCCACUUAAACAGAACACAGUCACUAUGGCAUCACUUCAGUUGUUGUGAAGUUACUUUUAACUACCCUCAUUCCUGCACUUGCAGCCUGAAAUGCCUUCAGUCUUAAGAAGAACGUUAUAGUUUUAACCUGGUGAUUAUGGUUGAACGUUGUGAGUAGAAAAACAGGGCUGGGAUCAGGCCAGAUCUCACCCCAUUCCAGAAGAAUGAUAGACCAAGCUGACCAAUCAGAAGACAAGAAGGCCAAGCACAAUUCUCAAGACAAUUCUGUAUUGUGAAUCUUUUUGUUUUUGUUAAAAGUCAUUCCAAUGUCUUUGUGAUUGAACAUUCCAAUUGUUUUUCAUGAGAUGUGUAUGAAAAUGUUAAACUGUAACGAGGUCAAAAACAUGGCUGUGGUAGAUGUUGUUGUCCUUUCUCUCAGACAUUAUACUGUUUAUCCUUUUGCUUCUGUUGGUAUUGUACGAGGCUUAUUUUAAAACUGUCAAUGUAUCAAAUUCAUGGAAAAAAAUAAAACGGCAACUCGAUUCAUAACCCAAGGCAGACUAGUGUGUCUAGGAGUGUUGGCUAGCAUCCACAGAACUAGAACGAUCAAGUUCAGGGAUCUCUCCUGUUUCAGGUACAGUAGCGUUAUCACCGUGUCAUCUGAAUGCUUUUUCAAAUGUGCCAACUCUUGACUUCAAGUAUCUCAGCUAACUGCUACACUUGAGACCCCUACUGUUCUGGAGUGCCAAUGAUAAACCUGUACGGGGAAUGUUCGCAGAGUUGGGGAGUGUUGCAGCUUGGUUGCACCGGAACCCCGAUACGAAACGUUAACAUAAGUCAGCUCUCCUAUUCGUCAGUAAGAUGACUGUGAUAAUAUCCUUAUAUACUGCUGGUAGUGUCUAGUUCCAUGUCCAUCCCAUAUCGUAAGAGACAGUCAGACAGCGAGUGAUGUCUUCACCCCGUUACUCAGUAGUUUAUUAUGUGUUUCCACACUGGCCGGUGUUCCUUCUCCUGUCUCUCCCCCUCCCCUUCCUGUUCUCUUACCUGUGAUGCACUGUGACUGUCACAGACAUGGGGGAGAGAAAUAGAAAAAAGAAAGAAAAAAAAAGGAAUUCUAUGGAAUCUUCAGCUUUAUAAAAGAAACAAUGCUCUCAGUUUCACUAUGUAGCUAGACGAUAUUGUACAAUUGUAUAUGUAUUACAAAGAGCUGAAGGAGAUGUUAUUACAGGUCAUCAUGGUGCUUUGGAAAGUGGUUUGCCUACAGACAAAAGCAGUUGACUCAUGGUUGAUUCUAGGGAUUUGGGGUAAGGGGAAUUUGACAUGCUUGCGUGGUAAGAAUAAGAGUAACACAUGACCAAUACCGGUGUAGUGCAACGUGUCAGAACAGUGAGUUGGUGUGGACCUUCAUAUCCUUUUUGUAACCUAGUGAUGAAUUAUGUCAGUGAAGUUGAUGACUGAAUUGGAAUUAACACAACACACCUCAAACUGGCUAGAUGUGGUCAGUAGUUUGGUGGCUAGUAUGCGUGUAUUUUGCAUACCAGUAGACUGACUUGAUAAUUGGGCGUCUUCUUGAUGAACUCAGGCAGGAGAGUGAAGGGUCGUGCUGGACUGAGCUUUGUGUGAAGAUGAGGUGUUGUGGUUAGGUUAUAAGGAUGAAGUGUCGUGGUUAAGUUUGAUUUGAAGUGAACUGGGUGGUGUUUAUUUUCGUUUCUUCAUAUCUAUAACAGUGUCUCCACGUAGAUAAUCAUUUACCACAAGACCAAGGUGAUGUUUUAUCUUUUUGGAAAAGUGGAAAAAUCCAAGGCAAUGUUGGCCUACUCCUUUUUCUUUUGCAGUUAAUUGAUAUGGAGUUGUUUUGGUUGCCAUGUUUGGGAGUUGAAUGUUGGUGAUAGUGGAUAAUUGGUUGAGGGACCAUUUAAUUAAUGGUUCAUAAGUGGCCAAAGAGAGGCAGUUUAUUUUGAAUGUUGAGAGAGAUGUUAGAUUGCUGGUGCAAGACAUGGACCUUUGUAUUUUGGUGAUUUAGGGUUGAUUAGCUGGGGAAACCUGAGACAAGGCAAGGAGAGGGAUUUUUAACUAGUCAGGACAUUAGACAGGUUGCGCCAAAUAUGCUCUUCUGCUAUGGAAUCACUCAUUACAACUGCUGUAUACCAUGUAACAUAUUACAGGCCUUUUCUUAUCUAUGUCUACCCUAUCUGUCCCCCUGCUACCAAGAUUCUCCCAACCCUGAGCUUCAGUGUAGAUCCAUUCUCUCUGUGUCAAUCAUUCCCUACUCCCAUAGUGGUAUAAACCUAUACACCAUGCACUUAGAGAUCAUAUUAAACACUGACCUAGCAUUCAGAACGUUUUAAUGUUGUGUAUUCCAUCUAAAUUGAUUUGUUUUGAGAUCUUUUUUUUUUUUUUUUUUUACAUGCAUAUUGGCAUAUUCAAAAAUCUGAAUCCCAGUUGACUAAGGAUUUGAUAAGCAUCUCUUGUUGUCGCCCUGUUACAGCACUUCGAAUUGUACUUAAUUAUUCUACAGAUUCAAUAAAAUGUCAUUUUUA